UCUUGCUGCAUGAGUUUCAAAUUGAUAAUAGAACAUGAGUGCGGAAGAUAAUGCUUCUGCAGAGACUUCAGUUAACGCUGUGUCAACAAAUGAUGAGUCGCCCCCAAAAAUUUCUGCUGAGUCAUCAGAGUUGAAUCCAACACAGUUGGCGGAUGUUGCAAAAGAUAAGUCUGAUGCUUCUGCAUCAGAUGUAACUACAGAUCCUUCUGCAUCAGAUGUAACUACAGAUGCUCCUGUAACUACAGAUCCUUCUGCAUCAGAUGUAACUACAGAUGCUCCUGUAACUACAGAUCCUUCUGCAUCAGAUGUAACUACAGAUGCUCCUGUAACUACAGAUCAUUCUGCGUCAGAUGUAACUACAGAUGCUCCUGUAACUACAGAUCCUCCUGCAUCAGAUGUAACUACAGAUCCUUCUGCGUCAGAUGCUCUUGUAACUCCAGAUACUGCUGAUAAAACCUGUGAUCCUCCUGCAAAUCUUGCUCCUAAAACUACUGUUCCAGAGACAUCUUCUUCUAAUACUCCUGUUCCCGAAAAUAUUGCUGCUGAACAGGAAUCCUCAUCUGGGGAUGUUAACAUUGCUGAUAUAGAGAUGAAAGAGAGCGAUCUUUCCAUAUGCUCCGAAUUGAAGGCCCAGGAGCAAAUAGAAGAGCAAUCAUCAGAAGUUAGGAAGAAAACAACAGAUUCCACUUCUCCAAAAGAAAACGACAAAACUUCUAUGGAGGUGGAAGAAGCAUCUCAGGAUGCUGUGGAAGAGAAUGCAGAUCAUGAGAAGAGCAAAGAGCCGGCUGCUGAUGUUGUUGAUGUGGGCCAUGAGACUGUGGUCGUUUCAGAAACAGAUCCUGUGGCUUUGGUAGAAGAAGUAAAACAAAGUGAAAAUAAUGAAGCUACCAAGCCUCAGGAAGAUACAGUUGAAGUUGAGAAGAAGGUUCCAGAAAUCGCAGAGACAGAAACUAUUGCAACAGUUGAUACAGAUGGUAAAGAUCAAGAUGAGAGAAAGGAAGAAACUUCUCUAUCAACCAUUGAUGCAUCGGCCAUUGAAAGUAUGGAAACUGAUGAGAAAGAACAAGAUUGUUCUGAAAAUGGAAGCGUGGAUGGUCAGGAUGUAAAAGAACGCAAACGUGCACGGCCAAUAGGAGACAAGCGAUCUGCUGCCGUUUCACCUUUAGUAGAAACCCGUCAGAAAUCAAAACGACCUCGCCGACAUGUCUCUUCAACUGCCGUACAUUAUGAUUAUGAGAUUGCUAACUCACCUGUGCAAGGCAAGCAAAAGAAAAAUGUGUCUCCUCGUGGUCCUAAGAAGAAAUCUGUUGAUAAUUCAAUCCCUGAACCAAGUGGUCCUCCUGGUUCACCUUAUUAUGUGAAGGGGGAAGUUCUUGCUGUCAGGAAUGAAGACGGAGGGUUCUAUCUUUGCAUGUGCCCCAACAACAUAUUCACGGUAACAAAACCAUUUAAAGUUCAAUGGUUGGAUCAGGAGAUGAAAACCAGCACGUUCAAACGUUCCUAUUUUGAUUAUUUACACUUUAAAAGUGUCUUAUACUCGGGUGUUGUCCUCAAGAAGAUCGAUGGAAACAAAUUCUCCUUACCUGAGGCUCAAGAAAAGAAAAUAAACCAUCGUCUCGAUAAAUCUCUGCGUGGAGAAGAGGAAAUCUCUUCGGACUCCGAGAGCAAUGAUGAGGAUGUGGAGGAGGAUGGGAAGAAGAUGACAAACUUAAAGAAAGCUGCCAAGCAGAAGGAAGUAACAGCGGAAGAAGACCCAAAUGAUGAAACAUACGUUCCAAAACCAAAGGAUGCUAGUCCUAAAGUCAGAAAGCGCAAAUCAUCUAAGGAAGCCGACAGCAGCCGAAAAUUGGGUAAAAUCCAGAUUCCUGGUGUUGCUACUACAGGUGUGAAGAGAAAGUCUCAGAAAUAUGAAGUUGGAAUUUCGAGCCCAAGUAUUCGACUAAGUUCUCCGGCUUCUACAGCGACAAAAUCCGGUUCAUCUGGUUCUACUGUCUCUAAACCUCGUGGCCGUCCAAGUAAAAGUUCGCAAUCAAAAGCUGAUGCUACAAACAUACUCACGGGAGACUCACGAGGUUCAGUUCAUUACAUGAUCAACCCUGACGUGAUACAAAAGAUGCAACCCAAAGCUCAUCGGAGCAAUGAAAACCUCAUUCCAAACCAAGCUAUUGACGUUGUUACGAAAGACCCAGCGUUUGAUUUGCGACAAGCAGAGUGUCAUCUACCAAAAGAUAAACUCGCAAUUCGAGCAGCAAUCCUUCAGGAUGUUGUGGAAAUGGAAUCUUUGUUAAAAGAAGCAACUAACCUGCCACAAAUUUUCUGCAAAACACGUUCGGUUGAUGUCUCCCUCACUUCGUUCCAUUAUGCUUUGCUUGCCGGCAAUGUUGGCGUGUUGCGUUUGUUGGCUGCUGAACUCACAAAGAUUGGAAACUUUUCGUUAAACCAGGAUGGGGCGUCUACUUCUAUGCUGAAAGAUACAUGCGAUACACAGAAUGGCUUUAAGGGCGAAGAAUUAUCAGCUAUUGAUAUCAGCAAAGGUUUAAAAGAAGGAAAUCAUGCGUUUCUAAAGGACACCAAGGAUGUGUUCGAGUCUUCCUCCUCCCUUGCAUCCGACAUUGCGUUCUUCGCAUGCUCUCAUGGAUUAAGUCCGGAUGUUCUCCAACUUCUUAUUGAUAUUUAUCCCAAAUCAAAAGACAUCGACAUGAAGGACUUACUUCUUGAAAACAUCUACCGUGCAUUAGAGAUGGGUCAUAUUGAAACUGGUCAGUUCCUGAUUAAGUUGGCACGACAAUCUGCAUCGUCCCAACUUACCCCAUCCUCACCUAACUCCCCAGCUAAUGUGCUUGGGUUGAAUGAACUGCAUGAGAUGACAUUGCACCACAACCAGAACCUCUCCACAGCUCUUAUUACAAAAUAUGGUAAAAAGAAAAGUGGGGACAGUUUCCGUUUGCAACCCGUUCACUGUGCUGCUUGUAAUCCAAGUGUGACGUGUUUGAAACAACUUAUCUCGGUUGCAAAGGAAUGCUUAAACACCAUGGAUGGUAGAAACAGAAGGCCCAUACAUUAUGCUGCUGCGUGCUCGGAUACACAACCACUGGAGUAUUUAAUAAACAAAGUAAGCAUCGAGGAGCAAGAUGUGAACGGGAUGACUCCUCUCAUGGUGGCAGCGGAGGCAGGGAGGGAGAGGAAUGUUAAUCUGCUCCUCCGGAACGCUAAAAACAGUCGUGUCCUCCAUGUAGUUAAUGUGGUGGAGAGACCGGAUCGUAGCAACAGAUCAGCGAUACAUUACGCUGCUAUUAACGGACACGCGAAAGUUGUUGAAGUGUUGGCCAAGUUCCAAGCAGAUGUCGAUAAACCACUUAGUGUUUCUAAAGCAAGAGCUACACCUCUAAUGCUGGCUGCUGCUAACGGGCAUGUGCAAACAUGUAUGGCACUUGUCGAACACGGAGCAAGCAUUGAGAUUUGUGAUAAGUUACAACGAACAGCAUUAAUACACGCAGCUUUAAACGGACAUUAUCCAGUUAUAACUUACCUGCUUAACAAAGGUGCUGAUCCGAAUGUUACAGACUCCUCAAACAACAGUGCAAUACAUUAUGCUGCAGCAUAUGGCUGGUAUCAUUGUGUUGUUGUGCUGCUACAAGCUUCUGCUAACCCUGAUGUAUAUAAUGAUAGAAAGAUGCCUCCCAUUGGAGUAGCUUUGCUGAAAGAUCACCGUGAGACUGCUCAUCUUCUCACUGAGCAUCACGCUGAUCCCAACUUUCGUGAUGAACGAGGACGCACCCUAGUGGCUCGUUUGCUUGCAGAGGAGCCAUUGUCAUGGCAACUCGUUGACAGGAUAUCUUAUUUACUCGAGGCUUAUAAACCGGACGUUAACUCACAGGAUGUGCAGGGCAUGGGGCCGAUUCAUAAUCUGUCAGCAAACUCUGUCCGUGGUGGUAAAAGCAAAGAGGUUGACACGGAGAAGCAAGCUGUUAGUUUGUAUCUUGCUGAGAUGUUACUUGACCGAGGUGCUGAGCUAAAUAUGGCCGACUAUCGUGGAAGGUUGCCACUUUAUUUCGCUGUCGAAGAUAUGAAUGUUUCCCUGGUUGAGUUAUACGUACGUAGAUCAACCCAUUGCCCACGAAGCACCAACUCAUCUGGUGACAACGUUCUACAUAUGUUGGCUAAGAACUGGAAUCAGGGGAACAUGGCAGAUAUUGUGUUCGGCCUUGUUAAUAUGACGUCUCAAACAGUCCAGGAACUUGCCUCUCGGAGAAAUAAAUUUGGUUUCACUCCUUUGUUGCUACUUUCCAAGACAAUUGCAGAUCACAGCAAGCCAACUGCAGAUACUUCGGAAAGUGCAGAUAAUUUGUCCAAAAAACUGAUGAAAAAGAUGGAGGAUCUUGCCUGCCCUCUGCUGGAAGCUUUGGUUCUCGCAGCAAAAUCUGAUGUGAGCGCUGUGGCGAGUCGUACACGACGAAGCUACAGGAACGCCAACGAUGAAGGGAAGUCAGCCGCUCAUUAUCUUAGUAAAGCUACAAUAGAUAAGGAAUGCAAGGUCCUCGCGUGCUUAUUACGUCACAAACCACGUCUAGACGUGCUCGACCAACAAGGAGCUUCCCCCUUAAUAACAGCGUUACUCAACCGUAACUGUCGAGCUGUACAGAUGUUGCUCGAUGUGGGAGCCCAACCCAACUUUUGUUCAAACAACAAGAAACAUAAAUAUCCAACAGCUCCUCUCAUACUCGCUGUAUCAAGACACGGCCCCGGUGAGAAGAGUUUGCUCCCAGCGAUCCGAGCUCUUCUGAGGACGAUCUCGGACAUUAAACUCGUUUCCCCGGAUCCAAGGAACGGAAGAACCGCUCUCAUGUAUGCUGUGGAAAAGGAGGAAGAAAUUGACCUUGUAACAGCCCUCCUUGAAAAGCAAGCUUCAUUGAAUGAGAAAGACGACCAGGGCCGCACCCCCCUCCACCUUGCUGUGAAUGCAAGUGGACCAUCUUCUGCAUUGUUCGAUAUUCCUGAUUUACUUAUUGAAAAAGGGGCAAGCUUGACGGUUGUUGAUAAAUUUGGACGAGUGCCUCUUCAUUAUGCUUAUGUCAAGAUUGGAAAGGAGACUGCAACAUCGGAUCAAGGAUGCGAUCCCAUAGAGCUCACGACGCUCCUCACAUCCGGGAUGUCUGGAUCGGAGGUUGAUAUGGCGGACUCUAAUGGGAGGACUCCCCUCCAUGAAGCUGCACGAAGAGGAGCGAUGAUCUGUUGCAUGCACCUUGUCGAGCGGGGAGGGAACAUUAACAGACAGGACUCCGAUUGUAAUUCUCCUCUAAGUUUAGCUGUGAAGAGCGGACACAACAGUUGUGCAGUGAUGUUGAUACAGAAAGGAGCAAACGUGAAUACAAAUGUUAUUUCUAUGCCACAUCCACCAGUUGGCGCUAGUGAGGAAGGAGAAGAGAAAAGGAAAUGGAAACUUAAGUCGACAAUCCCCGCACAGAUGACUUCAACAUGUGAACCUGUGUUUAAGGUUGUUGUGGAGAAAGGUUGGCAAGGAGUAACGUACGUGAUGUUGGACAGGUUAGAAGCGUGUGGAGUCAAAUACGCAGCUGCCGUUGAAUCUGCCAUGAGAGCCCGCAAAUACCAAGUCGUUCUCUCUCUUCUACGAAAGCAACGAGACUCUGUCAAACUUUGCGACAAAAACGAGUUGAAACAAAAUCUUCUCCACGUGCUCGCCAUCAACAAACCAGAGAACAUGGACGUUCAAAUCAAAGUUGCAAAAGUUCUAAUUGAGCGUGGGGUGCCUAGUUAUACAACAGAUGACAAGGGGUGUACACCUUUCCAUUAUGCUGCGUUCACCAAGAAUCUGACACUUAUCAAGUUUUUUAUCGAACGAAACCCAUCUUCGUUCAGAGGAAUGAUUAUGUUGACAGACUAUGCUGGUCGAAAUACAUUCUCAGCUUUGCUAUGGAACACUAACAUUAAUGAUGAUACUACGGUUAAUAUACUCAAGUUGUUUUUGGAGCACGAUCGUAACAGUGGAGCAAUCAACCGUACGUGUAGAUUCCCCCUUGCUAAUAUUGAAGCUGUCACUGCCAACACUGAUCCAGCAGCAGCUGUCAAUCAUUAUUUUAACGGGGAGAUUGAGAGUGUGGUAGUGAACCCACUUAUAAGGGCAAUUCAACUCAAAGCACAUCGGGUUGUUGAUCUAUUGCUUGAAUAUAACGUGGAUAUCAAUGCACAAGUAGAAGGUUUGAAGAACCAGACACCCCUUAUGUUAGCAGUGCAACAGAAUGAUGAAUAUUUGGUUCGUAAACUUCUCAACCACAAGACCCCUGUGUUGUUGUCUGCACUUGAUAGUGAUGAACGUACAGUUCUACACCAUGCUGCUAAACCAUUACCUUAUGGUUAUUGGGAAAACUUAUCUAUAUUAAAGUUGCUGCUUGAACAAGGAGUUCCCGUGAAUGGAAGGGACAGGUUUGGGAUGACAGCGCUUGAAUACGCAAUGGAAGGAGGGUCAGGUAGAAUGUCCGACCAACUACAAGCAGUGCUUAACAUACCAGAACAUGAAUAUGUUAAACCGAAUCGCAUCACUGCCUCCAUGUACGACAACAUCCUCUGGACUGCUCCUCUUCCUGAGUUCGAGGUGGAUGCGGUUACAAUCCUCGAUCGGAUCAGGGAGGAUGAGAUGGAGAACGAGGGAGGACAACCGACACCCAACCCUGAUAUUUUAUCCGGACUUAGAGAGGCUGGGGAGAUCGUAUUCGACCCAACAGUCCAUCGGCAUUGUGAUGUUUUCCUCAUCGCAGUUGAUGUACAACAAUCAGGAAAUGUUCAAUAUAAUUUCUUCCGUAUGCAGGUUAUUCACCAAAAGGGAAAGAACCUUUACAUGUUCUUCACCCGUUGGGGGUUAAUCGGGGAAAGGGGUAACUGGCAAACUUCUCCAUUCAACACCCCAGCCAAUGCUAUCAAGGAGUUUUCGAAAUAUUUCAAACUUAAAACAGCAAAUGAAUGGAGGACUGUUAACAGUUUCAAGCCCCAGACACGGAAGUACCACUUGGUGUCAGCAGACAUACAACGUCAAAGGGGAGUGGCUGAUUUGGAAUUUGAUUUACACACUGAUAUCCAAUCACAGUUGCCUAAGGAGAUUAUGGAAGUUUAUGCUGAUUUGAUCAACGUUGAAAGCAUGAAAGAAGCAAUGAAGGAUAGCACCAAUGUUGAUCCUGAUGUGAUGCCAUUCGGAAGGUUGGAGCGUGACAGACUCACUCUUGGUAUUGAUAUCCUCAACGAUAUAAAGGAGUUAAUUCAUUGCACGUCUGAUUUGAAAAAGAACGAUCCACAAGACCAAAUACGUUUACAAAGAACCCUGGAAAAGAUUCAGCAACGAAGCACUGAAUACUACCGUGUGCUGCCCCCACGUGGUGGAAUAUUCGAUCGCAUUCGUCCGAUAAGCGACAAUGAAACUCUCACACGUCUCGUACACCAAACAAAAAGAUUGUUGGAAUUGGAGUUUGCCAAUAAAGUUCUGCUUGGAGCUCAAUACAGAAUUAAUGAAAUGAACCCACUUGAUUAUGUUUAUCGAUCGGUGGGUUGCCAUGUACAACCCAUGGAUCCAGACUCAGACGAAGCCCAGCAUCUCCUGCAGUGUUUACACAACACAGGCCCUUCCCUGCACAUUGAGUGCAUUUAUCGAAUAAACAGACCUGGUGAAGCAGCAAAUAUUGUUGCAACCGGUCUUGGAAACUAUCGCAUGUUAUGGCACGGGACAAACAUCUUAAAUCUGAUGUCAAUAUUGAAAUAUGGUCUCCAACCAACUGAGGCUCUCACAGGGGCUAGUGCUUCCCACUUUAGCAAGGAGCCUGGAAUAUAUAUGGCUGACAUGGCUGUUCGUGCUGCACAGGAUUGUAAGAAAUGGGGAAACGAGAAGAAAUACAUGUUGCUCUCACAGGUAGCGUUGGGAAAUAUACGUGAGGUUCGUGAUGGUUUGAGCUCAGAUAACGAGGUUGCCAACUCAGUGAUGGUUGCCGGUAAAUUUGUCCCUAAACCUGGCAAGGAAUUGAUUCUACCAGAAGGUGGUGCUAUAUCGUUAGGUGAAAAAACUAAGAAUCCGAAUCAGACCGGUGUAACAAGCUCCUACAAUGAAUACGUUGUAUACAGCCCUGAUCAGGUUUGCCUUCGUUAUUUGAUUCGUUUUGACAUCACUGAUGACGUAGGUACAACGUCAAGCGGGUCCGUCACUCAAAAAUCAAAAUAAAAUUUGCUUCGUCUCUGUACUGAUAUAGCUGCCAUGUAAUCUUUUGUGUCAACUGCCAUGUAUUAGCAACGACCCCCAAUCGAACUCGCCGCCGUGUACAUAGUUUUUACCUGCUUAUGAACUGGGAAACCCCAUUUUCGAACUUUUAAAGUCAUAUUUGCUGCAAGAAAAUUACGAGGCCACCGAUUUUGUACAAAUCAUCGUUUAUACAAUUCGUAGAUAUUGUUCGUAUAAAUAAGCAAUGCUUCAAAUAAACGUUGUACAAUAAUGGGA